AUGAGCAAUCGAAGCGAGGAAGCUGAGAAGCGAAGCGGACGGAUGGACGGGCGGGCGGCGGCAGGCGGCGGCAGGGAAGAUCGCCAACCCAUCGUUGCGUUUCCGCAUCAGAAUGGGUUUGGGUUGGCGGAGCAGCCAGCGGGGACAGAAAGAUCGUGGAAGGGUGGGACAGCGCGGCCUAGGCGUCACGGGCGUAAUUGGACCCGAGCAAAAGGUGCGGACGCAUGUGGAGAAGACGAGAUGGUGCGGGUGGACGAGCGGCGGAAAUUGCCAGUUAAUCGCUGGGCACGGACGCAGAUCGAGGGUUAUUCGCGACCAGCCCCGAUUAUUGUGAUAUUGCGAUGGUGCGAUGCGCGCGUCACGGCCGUUGAUAACGAGGUGCCGUUUACAGACGUGGCGCAGCUCGCCGGGCGCUCGAGGUGGCGAGGGAGAGGAGGGAGUAGGUGCCGACGGCGCGUCAUAGAUGAAGCCCAUGGCCACGCGCUGGCGUUGAACACCGGUCGGUCUUCAAAACUUCAAGCUCAAACUCGCGGCUUCCGCUCCUGCGCCACCCGGCCGACGCCACCCCAGCCAAUCAGCGGCCUUGCCCGCGUCGCGCUCGGGGCGGGGUCCGAAACGUGGCGAUCCCCAUCAGAUCCCCAGGUCCGCCUCGACGUGGUUUUCGCGAUGACCAUUUCCUCCGCAUCGCCGUUGAUUGCACGGCAGAAGGCGCACACAGAUUGCGAUUCGCCGCGCGGAUUGGCUCCCCCCCAAGGCUUCGCGAAGGAGCCUGCCGGCCAGCAAAUUGAACCCUCAUCUCAAUCGCGAAUCGAAAUCUCGUCCAAAUGGGACUUUGUUCCCGAUCGGGCACCUGCCGCUGUGGGCGAGGACACCCACCCAUGCGCCCGACCUGCUUGCCCCGCCGUGGUUUUCGAACGCCCGACAUUAAAAGUCAAAUCCGACUUGGGUCCGACGCAGCGCGACGUCAGCUCCAAAGAUAUCGUUUUCGACGCGUUCUGCACGGUGUGGGCACAAGGCAGACAUGGGCGCGUCGGGCAUGUGAUUGUCGCUACUCGCUUUCAUACAUUGGAUAUUCGAGGAGCACUGCAGACCCCAUCAGCCGCACGAUCUUUCGAGCCAAUGGAAUCAGAGCGCACGGAUGCAAAGCGCGCACAGCGGGAAGGUGAGAAGACCGGGAUCCCACGGGCGAUGAUGAUGAUCACACCCUCGAGGGUUUCUUUCAUUAAGCAGCGCGCGCUGCGGUUGGCUGCGAAGCCCGGCGCGCGCGACGGGUGCAGAGAACGGGUGUUGGAGAGCGAGGGAAUUCUCACACUGCACAGCGCGCCAGAGCAGCGCCACAGCCAGGUCGAUCAGGAUGCAGGCGGCCGGGCCAGGCGCCACCCUACGCCCAUUUGUAGAUGCGCACGCGACUCGCGCCGCCGCGAGGUGUCGGCCGGCUUCGCGUGUUCUGCUGCACGCCUUCUGGGCCUUGCGUUCUCAGAGCCCUCGUGGGUGCUGCCCCGUUUGCGAGUUUCCGAACCCGCCCAUCAGCUGCCCGCGCAGCGCGAGCGUGUGGGCUUUUUCAUCUUCUGCGGCCCGUCCUCAUGCUUGGGCGGGCACCAGGCAGCCUGGCAGACGAGCUUCUCGCCAAUGGCGAUCCCGAUCAACCUUUAA